ACACAAUGAAACAAUGUAUUGUGGGAGUGUAGUUUGAAGCAUCUGUAAACUGAGUUGGUGAUAUCGCGAACGAGACUUCAAUGACCAGAAACGUCCUCUUCUUUGCUGAAGCUGUACGGCGUGUUCGUGAGAGUCGCCCUGAACUAGCAGCUGUGAAAAUUCCCUGAUCUUUUAAUAAUCUGGAUAUAUUUUGGUUAGUUGUUUGUAAAUCAAAAUGAUUUGAAGAUCGAAUAAAUCUGCUCAGCGCCCUGUUUUUGUCCUCUCGUCAACCAGCACUGUCUUGUAAUGUUUACUUCUUUCGUGCUUCGGCGUGUCCUCUUGUGUAGCGGACUGAUGUAGUGUCUAAUGUUAGCUAAAUUAUUUUACACAAACAAUACAUAGGUUGGCUAGCUUUAUUCAUACGAUUUAUUCACACGAAGCAUGUCCAUCGUGCACAAUCGGUGUAAAUAAUCGAUGUGAAUACUCCCAGGUAGUUACAGUUAUAGUCGAGAACGAAGUGCGAGCAAGAUCCUCGUUCAUGAUGGCGAUGUUUCGCAGUUUUGUGUCGGCUACUCAUCAGCUCAGGCAGCACCAACAAAACGGGGCAGCUGCGGCUGCCACUGGCGAGAGCCUCGAGAGCCAGUUCUCCUGCCCAAUUUGCCUGGAGGUGUAUCAUAAACCUGUCACCAUUGGAAGCUGUGCCCACACGUUCUGUGGGGAGUGUCUGCAGCCCUGUCUCCAGGUCACCUCUCCCCUCUGCCCUCUGUGCCGCAUGCCUUUUGACCCAAAGAAGGUGGACAAGUCCUCCAGUGUGGAGAAACAGCUGUCCAACUACAAGGCCCCCUGUCGGGGCUGCAGUAAGAAGGUGUCUCUGGUCAAAAUGAGGUCACACAUCUCCUCUUGCGCGAAGGUCCAGGAGCAGAUGGCCAACUGCCCAAAGUUUGUGCCUGUGGUCCCCACUUCACAGCCCAUUCCCAGCAAUAUUCCAAACCGUUCCACCUUUUCAUGCCCAUUCUGUGGAGCCCGCAAUCUAGAUCAACAGGAGCUGGUCAAACACUGUAUGGAGAACCACCGCAACGAUCCCAACAAAGUGGUGUGUCCUGUAUGUUCAGCCAUGCCUUGGGGGGACCCCAGCUACAAGAGCUCCAACUUCCUCCAGCACCUCCUCCACCGGCACAAGUUCUCCUACGACACGUUUGUGGACUACAGUAUCGAUGAAGAGGCGGCACUACAGGCAGCCCUGGCUCUCUCCAUGGCAGAGAACUGAGAGUCCUCUGAGUCCCCCAUUCUGCUGUCUGGGGACGCACUUUCUUCCUGACACCCCACUAGCUCUCUUUCUUUCUCUGGAUCCACCCUAUAUCCAGCCCCCUCCACUGUCUCCUCACAGGGAGAGUUUGGAAGGACUUGGCCUCGACUCCCACUCUGGGAGAGCUACAGAGGGCUUAUCUCCUAACCCUGUCCCUCUAUCUGGCCCUUCAUCCACUCUGCUUGCCUGCUUAACCCGUCAAUGCCCAUUACCAUUACAUUAUAUCCUCUCAGCCAGCAGCAGCCUCUUCACUUCCUGUAUACUGGGGAGGAAGGGAGCUUGGCCCCCCAAUAAAUGUUGCAAUUCAAAACCACUGCAAUGCAAAACAAUGAGUGCAGCAUGGACAUUGUUGUUAUUCUGCAGAAAGUAUGAAGGUUCCCAAAAAUAAUGAUUUAAGGUAUUUUCUUUUACUCUUUAUUUUUCACUGUUCAAAUUAAAUGUUUUCAAACUCCAGGAAAAAGCCAUCUCAUGACACACGUUCUGGUCAAAGUACCACAGAUUAGUUCUGUUGAAGUUUAUUCUCAAGUGCAUCAUUUGAUGUCUUUUUGAUUAAGAGGAACUGCAGUUGAAUGGCUUGACCCCAUUCUCAGUGUGAUAAUCUUACCACUAGGUGACAGUCUAGACAUGACCAGUUAAACCCAGAGCGCGAGGUCAUUCUCAGUGUGAUAAUCUUACCACUAGGUGACAGUCUAGGCAUGACCAGAUAAACCCAGAGAGCGAGGUCAUUCUCAGUGUGAUAAUCUUACCACUAGGUGACAGUCUAGACAUGACCAGAUAAACCCAGAGCGCGAGGUCAUUCUCAGUGUGAUAAUCUUACCACUAGGUGACAGUCUAGACAUGACCAGAUAAACCCAGAGAGCGAGGUCAUUCUCAGUGUGAUAAUCUUACCACUAGGUGACAGUCUAGACAUGACCAGAUAAGAGAGUGAGGUCAUUCUCAGUGUGAUAAUCUUACCACUAGGUGACAGUCUAGACAUGACCAGAUAAGAGAGUGAGGUCAUUCUCAGUGUGAUAAUCUUACCACUAGGUGACAGUCUAGACAUGACCAGAUAAGAGAGUGAGGUCAUUCUUACAUCCCCAUCACGACAACAACACACUAACAUUUGCAACGCGAACCAAAACAAACUAUCAAACUAUCCCCUUUUGUAUUCAGAGUUCGUGUGAAUACUUGCACUUGUCACAUUUUUCUACAUAAUUGAACUAUAGAUUGUUCUCAUUUCACAGCUCAGAAACAUAAUUAUAGUACUGCAUUUAUUCUUCACACUGCUGUCACUCUGCUGAUAUUUUUAUGAAGCACCAGACAAGAUAAAAUAUAUUUUUGGAAAAUGUUUACGUUUUAAAUGGUGUACUAAUCAUAAGAAACAUGUUUAUUGGCGAUGUGUUUGUUGUUUUACCACCUUUUUAAAAGUACCCAUUGGUACUGCACUGCUGGCAUCAAACAGUUGCUUGCAGGAUUUUAGGGCCUAUGUGUAAUACACUGUCUCGAACACAAGAGGGCACCCCAGUCUGAAAAUAGACCGGGCACAAGUCAAUAGUAAUUUAAGUCAGUGUUACUCCCUCAGUUUAUACUCAUGCACAGUAUUCUGUUUGGUUUAGUGCCCACUAGGAGAAGUACAAGAAGUGAAAUAUUAUGACGUGAGUAUUGUUGGUUAAGUUUAUCCUUGUGGUGGAAUUGGUUGCUGCAACAUAAGUGUCCAGUUUUAUGUUAAUUAUUGUCUUGAACACCAAUGUUGGUCUGAUUAGUAAAAUGUAAAAGUGUACAUUGUACAUUGCUACAGAAUCAGUGCAAUAUUCCUAGGCCAUUUACCUUCCAGGAUCCACACUGCUCCUGUCUCAGUGGGGUCUCCCCAAAACCUGUUGGUCAGAGCUGUGAAAAUCUGUUUGAAUAUACCGUACACAUUCCAGUCCUGUUACAAUCAUUAUGUUCCAAUGGUUUGUUAAAGACAUCCACUUUCUGAUAGCACAGUAAUUAUUAAAGUUGGAUUUAAACAAAACUGUGCAAAACAGCUGCAUAUUCAAUCAUAUGAUAAAAAAUGUCUUUAAAGACACUUUGCUUCAAAGGGAUACAAUUAUAAAAGUAUGUUGCCCCAAAGUAGAUGUCCAAAUUAUAAGCCAUGUUUGAGUAGUAGUGUGCCCGUUGAGCUAGCAUUGAUCUAUGGAGAUUUAAGAUUAUGUUUUGGUUCACUCUGAUGGAUGCCUUAUAGGAAACUGGUUAGAUUGUAUAGCGCGCAAUGGAGGAAGGUAUUGUGAUUGUUUGUUACUAGACUUACUAGUAGAAGUAUAAUGGUCUGUCCAUUUGUGUUUUUCCUUGUUUCCGAGGAGAACUGUACAUACGGUAGAGAAUGCAACAUUUAGGUUUUAGGUCCCUGUGGUAACUACGAAUGAGAAUGUAUUCGUUUUUUCAUACGUUGUAUAUUUUCCACGGGAAUGCAUUGAAAUAUUGCACUUUAAUUAAAAAAAAAAUAUUUAGAAAAAGGCCAGAAUUUUUUUGUUUGUAAUUUAUUUUUAUUUUUUUCAAUAUGUACAUUUCAUGAUGGAUGAUAAUGUAAGUUGUGGCUGUUUUUGUGUAAGAGUAGAGGGAAUGUUAAGUAUUAUCUCAGUCAUAACAUGGUGAUGUUUUGAUGUACUGGGAUGGUACAGACAACUUGUCUGUCGUUAAUAUUCUAUAGAUGGGUAUAUAUUGCAAAACCAACUGAGAAAACCAUCCCAGAUGUACAAAAGUGUGGCAAACAACAUUUGACCCUCAGCUUAGUCAAAGUGUUCCUGGAGAUAAUGCAUCCUUAUUUGAUAGACAUUGACAUGUUAUAUUUUCGGUGUUUCCAUGUAUUGUACUGGUUGGUGGCACAGUAUUGACAGCUGUAACCAUUAGAGAGAAACUGUCGUCACCAUGAGAAGUCCUGAGUUUCUUCUGGGGCAGCAAGGAAUUGUUACGCAUCUUUAAUUGAAUCAUUUACUCAACCUUUUUUUACUACCUAAUGAUGCUCUUUUAUAAAUGUUUGUAAGGUAAAUGGUAUUCUAUGUUUAGAUCAGCGUUCAUGUGCACAGCUGUAGCCUAAUGUAGAUUUUGUAUGGAGUAUACCUGAAAUGUAUACUUUUCACUCUUUGUGUAUUGUUGCAUCCAUGCAUAAUGCCACUGUACUGUGCAUCAUCAUCCCAGAUGUCCUAAUUGUGGUCAGAACCAUCUCUGUAAAAUAAACUCAAUGUUGCAGGUACUGAUAGGCCACCUGCAACAAAGACAUACACCAAAAAACAGGGACAGAAAAAAAAAGGAAACUAUUUUGUAUGAACUUUGUUAGGUCAUUUUUGUCAAGAGGUCCUUACUGAGACUGUCUGUUCUGAACUUGGUAAGGCUGACAGGAAAUAGACUUCCAUAAAGACUGGUAUCACAGCAAGAGAAGAUAGAGCCUGUGUCUCUGACUGUGUCCCCCAGGACUUGGCUGCCCUGGGAGUGUCAUGUAAUGUCACUCAGUCUAGACACAGGCUGAUGUUGUCCUCCCCAGGGGGGUCUGAGCUACAGUCACUUGAACCAGGAAGUUUCCUUCAGGGCCACUGUACCCUAGAGACCCACCAUGGGGCUUUGGCCCUACUGUCAGGGCCUGUGUGUGUUAAAUGUGAUUUAUGCAUUCUUGAAAAAUAGUAAUAAUACCAGUAAUAACAAUGGUUGAUUGUUAGCAUCAUCAUGUGGAUAUUUCAGUUAUAACACUGUUUGAACUUUAAGAAUUGUAUUUGUAGCAGAUUUUUUUUCCCGCCUCAAUAAAAACACUGACCCAUCCCA